CCUGGUCAGAUGGAUGGCCAGUUCCGCCCCCAGCGCUUGAUCCCUCGGUCGUGAUCCCAGGUCAGAUGGGGCCGGCUGUACCUGGUCAGACGGCCGUAAUCCCUGGUCAGACGGUUACGUCAGACGCCCCCGGCGCCGUCGUGGUCUGAACUCUCCACAAUAUCAAUGACUUAGUCUCAUGUAAGUAUACAGACACAUCAAUGACUUAGUCGUAUGUAAGUACACAGACACUUCAAUCACUUAGUCUCAUGUAAGUACACAUAAACAUCAAUGACAUGGUCUCAUGUAAGUACACAGACACAUCAAUGACUUCUUCUCAUGUAAGUACACAGACACAUCAAUGACUUAGUCUCAUGAAAGUACACAGACAAAACAAUGACUUAGUCUCAAUUAAGUACACAGGCACAUCAAUUACUUAGUCUCAUGUAAGUACAUAUACACAUCAAUGACUUAGUCUCAUGUAAGUACAUAUACACAUCAAUGACUUAGUCUCAUGUAAGUACACAGACACAUCAAUGAAUUUGUUUCAUAUAAGUACACAGACACAUCAAUGAGUUAGUCUCAUGUAAGUACACAGACACUUCAAUGACUUAGUCUUAUGUAAGUACACAGAUACAUCAAUGACUUAGUCUCAUGUAAGUACACAUACACCUCAAUGACUUAGUCUCAUGUAAGUACACAGACACAUCAAUGACUUCGUCUCAUGUAAGUACACAGACAAAUCAAUGACUUGUCUCAUGUUAGUACACAGACACAUCAAUGACUUAGUUUCAUGGAAGUACACAUACACAUCAAUGACUUAGUCUCAUGUAAGUACACAGACACAUCAAUGACUUAGUCUCAUGUAAGUACACAGACACAUCAAUGACUUAGUCUCAUGUAAGUACACAGACAUAUCAAUGACUUAUUCUCAUGUAAGUACACAGACACAUCAAUGACUUAGUCUCAUGUAAGUACACAGACACUUCAAUGACUUAGUCGUAUGUAAGUACACAGACACAUCAAUGACUUAGUCUCAUGUAAGUACACAUACACAUCAAAGACUUAGUCUCAUGUAAGUACACAGACACAUCAAUGACUUAGUCUCAUGUAAGAACACAGACACAUCAAUGACUUAGUCUUAUGUAAGUACACAGAUGCUUCAAUGACUUUGUCUCAUGUAAGUACACAGACACAUCAAUGACUUCUUCUCAUGUAAGUACACAGACCUAUCAAUGACUUCUUCUCAUGUAAGUACACAGACACAUCAAUGACUUCUUCUCAUGUAAGUACACAGACAUAUCAAUGACUUAGUCUCAUGUAAGUUCAUAGACACAUCAAUGACUUAGACUCAUGUAAGUACACAGACACAUCAAUCACUUAGUCUCAUGUAAGUACACAGACACAUCAAUGACUUAGUCUCAUAUAAGUACACAGACAUAUCAAUGACUUAGUCUCAUGUAAGUACACAGACACAUCAAUGACUUAGUCUCAUGUAAGUACACAGACACAUCAAUGACUUAGUCUCAUGUAAGUUUACAGACACAUCAAUGACUUAGUCUGAUGUAAGUACACAGAAACAUCAAUGACUUAGUCUCAUGUAAGUACACAGAUACAUCAAUGACUUAGUCUCAUGUAAGUACACAGACACAUCAAUGACUUAGUCGUAUGUAAGUACACAGACACAUCAAUCACUUAGUCUCAUGUAAGUACACAUAAACAUCAAUGACAUGGUCUCAUGUAAGUACACAGACACAUAAAUGACUUCUUCUCAUGUAAGUACACAGACACAUCAAUGACUUAGUCUCAUGAAAGUACACAGACACAUCAAUGACUUAGUCUCAAUUAAGUACACAGGCACAUCAAUUACUUAGUCUCAUGUAAGUACAUAUACACAUCAAUGACUUAGUCUCAUGUAAGUACAUAUACACAUCAAUGACUUAGUCUCAUGUAAGUACACAGACACAUCAAUGAAUUUGUUUCAUAUAAGUACACAGACACAUCAAUGAGUUAGUCUCAUGUAAGUACACAGACAAGUCAAUGACUUAGUCUCAUGUAAGUACACAGACACAUCAAUGACUUAGUCUCAUGUAAGUUCACAGAAACAUCAUUGACUUAGUCUCAUGUAAGUGCACAGACACAUCAAUGACUUAGUCUCAUGUUAGUACACAGACAAAUCUCUGACUUAGUCUCAUGUGAAUACACAGACACAUCAAUGACUUAGUCUCAUAUAAGUACACAGACACAUCAAUGACUUGGUCUCAUGUAAGUAUGUAAGUACACAGACACAUCAAUGACUUAGUCUCGUGUAAGUACACAUACACAUCAAUGACUUAGUCUCAUGUAAGUACGCAGACACAUCAAUGACUUCGUCUCAUGUAAGUACACAGACACAUCAAUGACUUCGUCUCAUGUAAGUACACAUACACAUCAGUGAAUUAGUCACAUGUAAAUACACAGACACAUCAAUGACUUAGUCUCAUGUAAGUACACAGACACAUCAAUGACUUAGUCUCAUGUAAGUACACAGACACAUCAAUGACUUAUUCUCAUUUAAGUACACAUACACAUCAAUGACUUAGUCUCAUGUAAGUACACAGACACAUCAAUGACUUAGUCUCAUGUAAGUACACAUACACAUCAAUGACUUAGUCUCAUGUAAGUACACAGACACAUCAAUGACUUAGUCUCAUAUUAGUACACAGACAUAUCAAUGACUUAGUCUCAUGUAAGUACACAGACACAUCAAUGACUUAGUCUCAAUUAAGUACACAGGCACAUCAAUGACUUAGUCUCAUGUAAGUACACAGACACAUCAAUGACUUAGUCUCAUGUAUGUUCACAGACACAUCAAUGACUUAGUCUGAUUAAAGUACACAGAAACAUCAAUGACUUAGUCUCAUGUAAGUACACAGACACAUCAAUGACUUAGUCUUAUGUAAGUACACAGACACUUCAAUGACUUAGUCUCAUGUAAGUACACAUACACUUCAAUGACUUAAUUACAUUAUAAAUAGUUUGGAAAUAGAAACUGACACUGUGUUUUGUUUGGGCAGACAAGGCUACGAGUUGAACACAUUAUAAUCAAAUAUUUGAUCUUUCAAUUCGUCACUGGUUAAAUUGCUGACAGUUGUGUUGUGGUGUGAUUGAAAUGUCACAGUUGGACAUUAACCAUGCCAUUCUAAAUUCUAGGUGAAAUUGUCUAAUGUAAUUUUUUUAAAGUUUAUAAACGUUACUUAUUUUUACAUUUUUUUUUUGAAAUCCUAUGGUUCCGAAAAAUCUUGUUUAUUUAUUGAGUUACUUCAGUAUGGUACUAAUCCAUUGCUGGAUAGUGUAACUAGUAGUGUAUAAAUCAAGUGCUGGAUAGUGUUCUAGAAGGGUACUAAUCCAGUGUUAGAUAGUGUACUAGAAGGGCACUAUUCCAGUGCUGGAUAGCAUGCUAGUAGUGUACUUAUCUUGUGCUGGAUAGUGUACUUAUAGGGUACUAAGCCAGGGCUAAAAAGUGUACUAAUAUAGUACUGAUCCAGUGCUUGAUAGUGUAUUAGUAGGAUACUGAUCCAGUGUUGGAUAGUGUACUAGUUGGGUACUGAUCCAGCACUGGAUAAUAUAUUAUUACGGUAAUAUUCCAGUGCUGGAUAGUGUACUUGUAGUUUACUGAUUCCAUUGUUGGAUAGUGUACUAGUAAGGGUACUGGUCCAUUGCUGGAUAGUGUACUAGUAUUGUACUGAUCCAGAGCAGGAUAGUGUACUAAUAGGAUACAUAUUCAGUGAUGGAUAGUGCACUACUAAGAUACUGGUCUAGUGCUGGAUAGUAUACUAGUAGGGUACUGAUCCAGUGCUGGAUAAUUUACUAAUUAAAUACUGUUCCAGUGCUGGAUAGUAUACUAUUAGUGUACUUGUCCAGUGCUGGAUAAUGUACUAAUUGAGUUAAUAGCUAAGUAGGGUACUGAUCCAGUGCUGGAUAGUGUACUAAUUCUGUUAAUAACUAAUUCUUGUUUUGUCUUUUAUAGUUUUGUGACUCUAUCGUCGUUCAAUAGAGAUGUUUCUACAAGCACUUGUGGUAUGUCUUUAUAAUCCUUUGAGUUAAAGGUUUUUCUUUAAUAAUGUUUCAAGCAUCUUUUAAGUUUGUAUCUACUUAAAACGACGUUGUGGUAAUUGGUUUUUGUAUGAAGGAGCUGCAUAUAACGUUAGUGUACUUGAAAGGGUACACCCAUGUUGCUCACAUCUAGACAUUGAAGAAAACAGUCAUUGAGUUCAGAGAGAUUGAAUACGCAAACUUUGAGUAGAAGUUAGAUUAAAACGUAGCAAGAGAACAAACUAAAUAAUGUUUGCCCAACCGCCGGUUAAAUCUGCCAAUACUUUUAAGGAUAGGUGGGACUCGUUAACCUUGUAUUGCAACUCAUCUAAGAGAAGGCAAUUCUGAAUUCAAACCCGGAGGUGGAGUCCCGUGGGCGGAUUACAUGGCCACAAUGAAACAUUCCGACAACUCCUGCGACGCCACUGGUGCCAAGCUGUAUCAUCCACUUGAUGUUCCCUUGGGUUAUAAAGCAGCGAGGAGAGAUGCGAUUUGCUGUGUAGGGAACCAGCUUAUAAUUUUAAAAAAAUUAACCCCAGGCCUUUCCGGAUUUCGUCCUGCGAAGUCUAGACCAUUGUUCAUUUUGACGGACGGAUGUCACGUAGAAGCAAUCUGAAGUAUUAAUCGUACAUUUAAUAGCAAUUAAAGAUAGAUGACAUGAAACCCUAAAGAGUAGACUAUAGUGCAGUGGUUCUCAACCUUCCUUAUGUCGCGACCCUUUAUUACAGUUCCUCAUAUUGUGGCGACCCCCAAAUAAAAUAUUAUUUUCGUUGCUUUUUCAUAACUAUAGAAUAUAUGUGUUUUCGGAUUGUCUUAGGCGACCCCUGGGAAAGGGUCAUGCGAUCCCCAAAAGUGUCGCAACCGGGGUCGCAACCCACAGGUUGAGAACCGCUGGUAUAGUGCUUUAUAUCUGAUAUGGCUUUUGUAUAUGUCUUAAAUAUGUGUGUUGUGUCGGUGAAGCGUCAAACAUUCGGGCUUAAUAGCUGUCAUACAGUAUAGGAACAUUAUUGUAUACUAUACCAUUACUGUUUAUACUGAAUCAAUUUUUGUAUCAAAAGAAAAAGGGAUCAAAUGUUAUGACUGUAAUGAACGAAACAAUGCGACUAUAAUAUUAUGUCAAUGGUGAUGACAAUGUUACACGACUUUUCACUUCAGUUGGUUCCGGUGUUUAUUUUAGAUUUUGUUCGUAUAAAAUUAAGGUGAAUUUAAUCUGGUUGUGUUGACAACGUAACUGCCAUUUUACCACGAUUGCUAUUUUAAGUAGCAACACGUUUGUGUUAUCACGCAUUGUGUAGUGUGUUAAACUAAACGAGUCCGUCAAGACAUGUCUUGCUACUCGCCCUGUUGAUUGCGGAAGUUACACUUGAGCCUUUUAAAGUUGCUAUAUUUAGCUAAGUAUCAUCAUGGCUCCCUGCAAGUUUAUUGUAUUGUUUCGUAGUUUUCUUUUAUAUUUAAAGGUGUUGUUUACUUUUUCAUUACUUGGAGUAGUUUUUACUUUCUUUUUAUGAAAGAGGAUGUUAAAAUAGAAUGCUAUAGGAUUAAAUUGGAGAUAUUUAGAUCGACUAAAGGGAGGACAUUUGAUUUUAAUAAUCAUUCCAAACCAAUGUUUCAAAAAGGCAUUUUUUUGAAGUAGGCAAAUGGUACAGGGAGAUGUGCUGUGUGAGAAAUAACAUAAAUAAAAUAAAAUAACUUCUCAGAUCUUAUGUGAAACAUAAAUAGUACAUUCAAGAUGAUAACAUUGACACCGACAUUUACUUUUUCAGUCGUAUUCGGCAAGGAUUAACAGAGACGUACGAUGUGUGCCUAUAUAAUUGCGGAUUGCUUCUCAAUAUCAUUCAUCUUUUUAAAUAUUAUACUUUAUUUAUUCCAGGUCAUCUUAUACUUUAGUUGAGGGGGGGGGAGCUUUUUAACUGCAUCAAGGAAACUUAGCAAAAGAGAUAUUCUAAAAAGUUGACCAACAUCGCGUUUCAGUGAGUUAGAAAAUAUUCACUUUGCGGUAUUGACUUAAGCACUGUUGUUACACCAUUUCAGUUAGUUUAAGGUAUGUGCUAAAUUUGGACGCCAAUUUUUUGUACCUAAUGGACGAAAAAACUGAAAAAUAUAACUGCAAAUUAUUGUUAAACCUAACAAAAAUCACACGUGUAAGACUUUCUCUAACGCCGGAUACAGAUAGUGUCAAUGAUGGGCUUAUGACGUUGGCACUCUCACGGACAUAUCUGCGUAAACAGUUUUAAAAUAGAAGCCAUCUAUGUACAUGUAUUUGAUUCUGAAAUAGUGUAAACAUUUGGACAUAUUUACGCAUUGAUUUAAUGUGACGCAGUAGAUACAUCUUUACCGUGAACUCUUUCUUUAAAAACACUGGUGAGACCAAUAUUUUCCACUAGAUUCUAGGAUAACAUUAUAUAUUUGGUAAGAGGGGUUUAUUUAAAACGGUAAUGGGACCGACAUUAUCACCUAGAUUCGAGGCCAACACUAUAUCUUGUAAGUUGUUUACCUAGAUUCGAGGCCAACACUAUAUGUUGUAAGUUGUUUACCUAGAUUCGAGGCCAACACUAAAUGUUGUAAGUUGUUUACCUAGAUUCGAGGCCAACACUUUAUGUUGUAAGUUGUUUACCUAGAUUCGAGGCCAACACUAUAUGUUGUAAGUGGUGUUUAUUGGGCCAACUUAUGAUGGUAAAUGUUUAUCUUAUUUUUUUCAGCAUCUGCGUGCAAAUGUUAAAUCACCUAACUAAAUGACUUUAUGAUGAACUGACAAUCGAAAGGAACAUAAUGACUUUACUGUUUAUUUUAUCUGUGAUUUUAUCAAGUCUCCAGGUGGCUUUUGGAUCUAAGGUACAUUUGUUAAAUGAAAGAAUGAAUCGUCCAACUCCCAUCUCCUUUUUAGACAAAGUAUAUCUUUAACUGUACUUUAACAUUGCUACUUAACGGGACAAAUAAAGGUCGUCAAUAUUAGUGCUAGUGAUAUUCGGGCCGCCUUGGUCACUUCUACAGAACAAUGGAACUUUGGCUUCUACAGAAAAUUGGAACUUUGGCUUCUACAGAACAAUAGAGCUUUGGCUUCUACAGAACAAUGGAACUUUGGCUUCUACAGAACAAUGGAACUUUGGCUUCUACAGAACAAUAGAGCUUUGGCUUCUACAGAACAAUGGAACUUUGGCUUCUACAGAACAAUAGAGCUUUGUGUAUAAGCCCCAAGAUACAGUAUGUGUCCCCGUAAGCUGGGACACUCCAGUCCACCAGUUAUAUGCCCGGGACACAUAAGGCACUCCAGUCCAUCACAUAUAUUCCCGGACUCAUCAGACAAUCCAUUUCAUCCGAUGUUUUUCCCUGACACCUUGGAAACUCAAGUCCAUGAAAGAUAUGUCGCAGACACCUUGGUCUCUCCAUGCCAUCAGAUAUAUGUCCCAGACACCUUGGUCUCUCCAUGCCAUCAGAUAUAUGUCCCAGACACCUCGGACACACCAGUCCAUCAAUGUUUAUCACAAAUACUCGUUACAAUAAAGACCAAAAUAAUCACAAUUACGAAAAAAUUAAAUAGACUCCAUUCACAAAUGAACAUACUUUAAGUCCAAGCAAACAAUGCGAUAUCUACUUGAUCACGACUCUCUGUGUGGAGAAUUUCUAUCAAUUUUGAAAGUUUAUAAUUCAGACUAAUAUUUGGUGACCAUCACAAGGCCCACGCGAGAGCCAAUUUCAAAAGAUAUUUUACACUGCUGAUUUGGAGAUUUGUUUCCCUCCGUAUGGCCCUCUAAGACAAUAGACAUAAUGUUUGCAUAUUUAUCACUUUUUAACAAUAAAGGACACGAUUUAGUCAUGUCUACACUCACCGCAGUAUGGCGUAACCUUGGGUUAGAGUUCAUAUAUUUCGAAAAACCUUUUACCAGACUUUUUCGAUUGAGCUGUUGCGUUUAGUAAAAGUAAGAUUCUAGCCAUUAUUAAGCCUUACUUAACGGGUAAUCCUUAAUCAUUACAUUACUGAACAUGAUUAAUCCUUACAUUACAGGAUAUCGAUAAUCCUUAACUCCUGGACAUCAUUAAUCCUUACAUAACUGGACAUCAUUAAUCCUUACAUUAGUUGACUCUAUUAAUUGUUUCAUUGAUUACGCAUUCUCUAAUAAUGUGUGACUAAUAUAAAGUAUCUAUUUUGAAUAAUGAAACUUUUGAGACAAUUUCAAAAUAAAUGUUUAUUUUAAUUAUCAUUAUUACUAUUGUUAUUAUUAUUAAUGUUCAUGAUUAUCAUCAUUUUUAAUGGUUUAUAAUUUCUUUAACUUUUUUUUUUCAGUCGCCAAAAGUGUUUUCUUUUAACCCAAAUUAUGGACCUCGCUUUGGGGGCACAUUGCUUGAGUUUCAAGGCCAGCACCUUAACGAGAGCAACGUGACACGCAUUGAAGUGGCCGGUCAUGAAUGUGAUAACGUUACAGUAGUGGUCAGAGGGGGCAGGUAAGGGGGGCGUUUGGGGAAAUAAAUCAUUAACUAAUAUUAAAUAGCAUAAUUCAAGUCGCAUGUCUGUCUGGAACCAACACUAUAAGACACAGUAAAAAGCGUUGCAUUUGCUGAAUAUGCAAUUGCGUCCUAUUGAAAACGGGUUUCAUUGAUUAUGAAAGAGUAGAUGAUGGGGGUGGAGGAGAGUGACAUGGUAGUAAUAUUCUGGUUGUGAGGAGAGGAUCUGUAAAGGGAAGCAUUGUGGAAAUCCGUAUUUUUUAACGAGUUAUCGCUGUUUGAUUGAUUUCAAAGAAUUGUUGUAUUAUUGAUAUGUCAACAAAAGAACUAUAGACCUAUGUAAAUGUUUUAUACACAUUCAAAUCUCCUCCAUUUAUAUGUGUAUGUUUUAUAUCCAUUCAAAUCUCCUGCAAUAAAAUAUGUAUGUUUUAUAUCAAUUCCAAUCUCCUGCAAUAAAAUGUGUAUGUUUUAUAUCCAUUCAAAUCUCUAGCAAUAAAAUGUGUAUAUUUUAUAUCCAUUCAAAUCUCCUGCAAUAAAAUGUGUAUCUUUUAAAUCCAUUCAAAUCUCCUGCAAUAAAAUGUGUAUCUUUUAUAUCCAUUCAAAUCUCCUCCAUUAUAAUGUGUAUGUUUUCGACUCAUUCAACUCUCCUCCACAUAAUGUCAGCAAUGUCCUCCAGUGCCGGACAAGACAUCAUGACCAUGGGCCCCACGUUGGUCCUGUGUUGAUCUCUUUUGAUAAUCUCAACCAAAGUGUUAUCAACUCUACCUUUUCUUAUAAGGAAAAUCCUGAAAUAACCGAUAUCAACCCUCGGGAGACUUUAGCAAGGUAACAUAUUACCUAAUGACUAGUUCAAUCUUAGUUUAUAUUACCUAAUGACUAGUUCAAUCUUAGUUUAUAUUACCUCAUAAUUAGUUCAAUCUUAGUUUAUAUUACCUCAUAAUUAGUUCAAUCUUAGUUUAUAUUAACUAAUGACUCGUUCAAUCUUAGUUUAUAUUACCUCAUAAUUAGUUCAAUCUUAGUUUAUAUUACCUCAUGACUAGUUCAAUCUUAGUUUAUAUUACCUCAUGACUAGUUCAAUCUUAGUUUAUAUUACCUCAUAAUUAGUUCAAUCUUAGUUUAUAUUAACUAAUGACUCGUUCAAUCUUAGUUUAUAUUAACUAAUGACUCGAUCAAUCUUAGUUUAUAUUACCUAAUGACUAGUUCAAUCUUAGUUUAUAUUACCUCAUAAUUAGUUCAAUCUUAGUUUAUAUUAACUAAUGACUCGUUCAAUCUUAGUUUAUAUUACCUCAUGACUAGUUCAAUCUUAGUUUAUAUUACCUCAUAAUUAGUUCAAUCUUAGUUUAUAUUAACUAAUGACUCGUUCAAUCUUAGUUCAAUGUCAAAUGUUUUAAUUGUAAGAAAUUGUCUUGUCCCAAAUGUACUAGCUGGUAACUUGUAUUUGUCCGUUACGUUGCCUAUAAUAUAUGUAUGUUAAUUAGCAUGUGUUUACUAUUCCAUUUGAGUAAGUUUCAAUGGUCAACCUUUUUUUUAUUCUCGUUUCGCAUAAAACUAGCACUUCAAAAAUUGAUAUCAAUAAACCAUAACAUAUGUUAAUUUCGUUAGUUUUUUUUAAUGAAAUAAUCAAUGAAUUAAAGUAACGAUAAUUUAUUGUCAUCUAUUAAAAUAAUGUGUCCAUUCAAUAUAUUAUUUUCCCCUGAACGUAUUGAUCUUUUCAAAUAUGUAUCUAUUCGAACUCGUCAGUUUUUAACAAAGUUAAGUCGAUGCGUAUCUAACCUGUCAGUCUUUAAUCUAGUCACUUGUACAAUCUGUUCACCUGUAUACUAUACUCACUUAGGGAAGCUACUCAUCUACUUACUUCGUGAAGCUAUUCAUCUAUUCACUUAGUGAAGCUAGUCAUCUACUCACUUAGUGAAGCUAUUCAUAUACUCACUUAAUAAAGCUAUUCAUCUACUCAGUGUGUGAAGCUACUCAUCUACUAACGUAAUAAAGCUAUUCAUCUACUCACUCAUUGAAGCUGUUCAUCUACUUACUUUGUGAAGCUAUUCAUCUACUUACUUUGUGAAGCAAUUCAUCAGUUCACUAAGUGAAGCUGUUCAUCUAUUCAAACUCUAUAACUUUCAGUGGUGGUAUCAACAUGACCGUGACUGGUUCUCACCUCGAUAGUGCUGCGUGUGCCCAAGUUGUCUUUAUCUACGAGAAUCAGGUACGUUUGUCAACAAAUGGAGACUCUUGCUACCUGGCUGAACGCUUCUUUCUUUCAACUCUCCUCAAAACCUGACGAGUAUUUUCUUUUAUGAAUAGGCCGUGAAAUUGGACUAUGUUACCGAACAAUUUCCAGCAAAAUCCAAACCACACACAUAUGUUUCCUGAAAUCAGGUACAGAACUAAAAUCACACGAUUUAACGGUCUGGCAACAGUUUCAAUUCAUAGUUUAGCCAAAUAACAAAAACUAAACUGAAGUAGGUUCAUGGUACUCUAGAGACUUCUCAUUCUAAUGAUUAUAUUUAGGGUUUUGAUCUCAAUGUUCAUUUAAGCAUAAGGAACAUAUUUCUUACAUGAUGACAUUCAAAUUUUGCAAAGUAUUUGGUAAAUAUUUAGCUAUGAUUGCUCCCCUUAGCGGAAAUGUCAACUCUUUAUUGAUUAUUAUUGAUACGGCAACGCAUAAUGCUUCAUUUUUUUUCCAACAAUUUCUCUUGAUAAUUGAUUCAAAACUCACAUUCGAAAAUGAAACGAAUUGUGGUGCGACAUCUGCGAUAAGUUACAUUUAACUAGAAUUGCACGGUGAAUAAUAAAUAAAAUGGCCACCGACAAAGACCUAUACAAACCAUCUUAUUUUGGUUGAGGUUUGUUUUGUCAAUACCCUCGAUGCGUGUGUGCACCGUAAAAUAUCAGCAUUUUUUCCAUUCAUGCAUUCACAUAAUAUUAAUAUUUUUUGACUUUAUUAAAAGAAAUAAAUCUAUUAAAGUUGUAAGAUAUUAAAAGAUAGAAAACGCUUUCCCAUUUAAGUUUUUGAACUAUUUUUUUUACAGAUCAGUUUUGGGAAUUGUAGCAGUAGCAGAUCAACAUCAAGGGUCACAUGUAAGGCGCCAGAUAUGUCAGACAUCACUCAACAAGUCUUUGGGAACCAUACUGUCCAAUUUGUCAUAGCAGAGCUAAACAUUGAAAUGGACAACAACCGAUUGGUUCCCUCAACGAAACCGGAAACAGUAAAAAUGUACCGCGAUCCAAUUUUUGCACCUAUCUCUUCGACGAACAUUAGUCUUUCUGAGCGUAACCCAGUGCUCGUGCUAAAGGUAUUUUUUAACUUAUCUCUUUGGAUAGUGCUAGUUUUUCUUAUGGAAACCCUGCACCUUUUUCAAAGGUAUUUACCAUUUCCAACCCUUAAGAUUAUUGAACAUGUCCUCUUCACUCUAACACUAUUUCUCGGGUCCUUUCUUCCCCACCAUCCCCUCUCUUUACAUUCCUGAAACAGAGCAACUCAUUGGGGUCAAAAUAAAAGUUGUUGUAUUUUUAGAGUAAAGUAGUUAUACUCUUUCACUUAAACAUCAGAUUGAUAAAAUUCUCUUUAUCUUAAUUAAUCUUCGUUGUUGUUCAGUCAGCAGUAGCUUAACUCAAGACGGGUGGCCUGACCUGGGGUUAAUUUGAGUUGGACCAGAAGUUAUCUAAAGCAAAACAUUUUGCAGUUUAGGCUACCAUUACGGACACAGCUAAAACACAGCUUACACAUUUCUUUUGUCUUUUCAAUCCUGUCAUUGUGAAACUGUUUGUUACACACGCUGGGGCUGACCGUGUGGAGACAGAUGAUCAACUUUGUUGUCUGUAGUCAUUUAAAGAAGUUCAGACUUAUAAACAUAGGGUUUUUUGAAAACAAAAUUGUUGAUGAAGUCAAUUCUGAUCGUCUGCCCUAUGCCCCAUUUCAUUCCUAUUCAUUUUUCUUCACCAGGGCACGUACAUGCCUACAUUUAUAAAUAAGCAAGAAAUCAAAGUGACGUUCGGGGGCAAACCUUGUCCAGUUGUAACGGUAAAUGAAAGUAACAUCCAGUGUGAUGCCAGUGAGGUCAUUAAACAAGUCAAAGCACGCGAUAAACUGGCAGAUAAAAGCCUGCAAUCGAAAAUGAGGAACAGCAGUGGCACAAGUAGUCUUGUACCUAAAACUACAACACCUGAAACUGUGACUCGUGGUUUUCAAGUUCGUCGUUUGGUCUCAAACUAUACCCCCCUAUCCCAAAGUGCCAGCACGACGUCCACAACAACGCACUACCUCCCAAGUGGACCGAACGAUCAAAAUCAGAUCCCUGAAUAUGGCGUGACAGUCGAGAUCGGCAACUUUAAGGCUGACCUUGGGUCAGUGCGAGUGGUCUUGGAUGAAAAUGUCGACUCUUUCAAAUCCUUCAUGUUUGCGGUCGCAGGAGGAGCUGGUCUGGUCAUCUUGAUUCUAAUUAUAGUAACAGUGACUCUAGUUAUGAAGGUGAAAAAAGCGAAAAUGCUGAAAAAUGAGCCAUCAUCACUAAUAGCCUUAGCUGAAGCCCAGUCAGGUAGUUAUUCUAGUAUAUCUGUAUGAUAUUUAACCAUUAUUCUAAUCCAUUAACGAUUAUCAUUCAAACCAUUGAAUAUAUAAUCAAUGCUCCCUUUAAGGGUGUCUGGAUCGUGUGCAUACAUUUACAGCAUCACUUUUUGUCGCUGCAAAAUUUUAUACCAGACAAACACAUGCAAAAUUAUAUAAAUUAACGUAAGUGCAAAGUGCUGAUUGCGAAAAUAAAUAAAUGAAUUGUAAUGAAAUAAUUAUAUUCCCUUCAAAGGCUCAAGCAACUAAAUUAUGUCAACAAAUCCACUACAAAUGGCUACUAGUCAUUUGAUUCAUUUCUGUAUUUCUGUGGUUACUCUGUAGCCCGUUAUUCAAAGAGAUCCAUAAUUAAUACACAUCGUCAAGCUUGAUCUGACAUCCUUUAAUAUGAUACGAUUUGAUCCUCAUAAGCAUGGCUAAAUAUAAUACUUCUAGAUUUUAUUUCCUAGAUAAUAUUUUUGUACUGAUAGUCUGGAUCCUUGCUCACAACUUCGUACGAUUAAUGCUAGAAAUGUAGUAACAAAUGUCCAAAAGAAUGGCACCGAACUGGUCCUUAUUUAUUACAAAUCGAACCAUCUCAUCAAAAGUCUGCAUCAACUGACAUUUAAUUUUUUUUCUGCAAGCACAAACCUUAAUUUGUAAUUCUGAUCCUUAAAUUUCCUCAAAAUGUCAACAUAGUUUCCAGACAUUCGGCCAAGCUGGAAACCAGUGAUGCAUUUCUACAUUGUUGAUAUUAAAAUCUUAAAAUCUCGACUUACGUUGAUAUCUUAAAGAUUGAACAUUCCCUCAACUUACUUUGAGAGGGGCGAGAGUACGUGUACAAACAUAAAAAUUGAACGAAUAUUAUGCUGCAACUCGGGUCAUGCCCUCGUCGUUUGCGAGCAAUUCAGCAACAUCUUUGGUGCAGUGCACAUUUUUCACCAAGGCACUGGGCACGGAGCUCAGUGAUGCUUACAAAACUAGAUUCACUCGAUCAUCAUAUGUAUUUCUUUGUGGAUGUGUCGCUUUAGAUAAUCCAGCUUCCAAUCCUUCCAUUUUCUGCAUUGGCUUUGAAGCACACUUCCAAAUCAACAUGAUCGUUAAUAGCAUGAUAUAUGAAAAUAUGACACAGCUUGAAAAUCCAUUCUGUGCAGCAUCCACUCAUUCACUUAGCCAUACCUUUUAAAACAUUGAUCUUAUACUUUUUAUUAGCGAGCGAAGACGCUCAUGUUGGCUUAUCUCACGUUUACGUUAAAUGAUUUUUACAAUGUAAUUAGGGCGAGAGACUGAGGUCUGGUUAGGUUUGAAAAAGGAAAUGAGUGCAACAAAGUAUUGGGAAAACUUUUUUAUAAAUGUGACGCAACAAACCCACGAACGUGUCGGAAAGAAGCCUUCUUCGGCGUAAAAACAAAAUUAAAAACAAAAUCAAAUAAAAAUAACACUCAGCUGCAAUGUAGUAUCCAUGAGGACAGCAAGAGGAAUAUGAUAAAACAUAAGUAAGGGAGAGAUUAAAACCAGGCAAAAUGGGACUGAAGUGAGAAAAAGUAAGUCCACUGAGAUUGGUGUGAAUGAGGAGGAGCAGAGAAAAGGUUUAAACAUGAAAAAGAACAUGAUAUUUAUGCCAAUGUGGUGUCAAGGUUGCAAAUGUCAGAAUCAGUUAUUUUUCAAAAUUCACCGUAUUCCGUGUGUUUGUACAAAACAUUUGGGCGGGGACAGCAACAUCCUCCGAACCCAUGUGAUCGCUUCCAUUGAAGUUGUUUGAGACGGGACACUGCUUAGCUUGCGCAAUAAUACGGAGAUGUUUAGUAAAUAUGUCAGCACAGCGUCGUCCUGUCUCACCAAGAUACGCUAUCUGACCGCGGGUGCAAACAAUGGUGUAGAUAAGUUUCCCGCUCGUACAAAGGAGACCGUAUAUUAUCUCAAAAUAAAUCUUUUAAAUAAUUGGCCGAUUCACUUAUGAUCAACUAGAAGAUAUUUGAUAUAUUCACUUUAUACCCAUUCACUUCGCAAACUGCGCCACGAACAUUACAUGAUUGGUAGCGAUUGGGGGCUUAGAUCGAGGGGGUCUAUUCCGGUAGGUAUCAGUAAGCAUGUAAUUCAAUAGUUCUACAUAAAAUGUAUGAUAAAAAAUAUAGAUCUGAAGUUCAAAUUUCAAAACAUGUAUUUAUAUGUUAUAAAAACUGUAUAGCUCCGGUUGCUGAGUGCAGCACAUUUAUCCGAUUUUAUCCUUAUUAAAAUUUGGUGCACUGCGAAACUCAAAACCGCUGCUCGGCGAGUUGUAGAUAGCUGCGCGGUCGAGCCAAAGCGCAGCUUAAAGGGAACAUUGAUUAUAAUGUUAACCUGUGAUAUUGUUAUUAUUAAUACGUGCGAUAUGUGAUGAUUGUAUACAUUGAUAUUAUGGUUUUAUUUUUUAAAACAUUAAUAAUUUACUUCAGCCUGCAGAGAAGCUUCUUCCCCAACGUUAAAACAAAUUUUAGAAUCCGUUGUUGAGGCGGACGCCAGACACGACAUGGACAGAUUAAUAUACACCUCGGACAAACUGACUGUCGGGAAGUGUAUUGGAUCUGGUGAGAUUUUAACUUCAUACGCAUUAGGGUUACAGCAAGUUAAGGAUUUAAUUUUUUUUUCAAUAAAAUUUCAAAUAAUUUAUACUUGGCCAAUUAAGAAAAGGUAGGCCAUGUUUGUAUUCUAUUUCUGACGUCAUUGAACGUGUUGAUGUGGAAUCAAUAAGUAUCGACCAAUUCAUUGGAUUAGUGAGCCCGAGUGUCUCUUUAGUUCGUUUAGACUCGAGGCUCCUUAAAAUUGAUUAAUCUUGAAGACAUUGUCCUUUAUUGACAGGUAAUUUUGGUUGUGUGUACGAAGGUGUCCUAGAGACAGACUCAGAUGCACCCCCGAGAAAAGUGGCCAUUAAAACAUUGCAAGGUGGGUCUCACGGCUUAUAAAUCCUAAGACAAUGCAAUGGCAACAUUAGUAUGCACGCGAUUACGUGGUAGGGCUUUAGUCACCUAAGACAUUGCCAUCACCACAGAGUAGGGUAUGUAAGCAAUUACAAAGUAGGUCUGACGUCACAUAAGACUUUGCCAUCAUCACAGAGUAGAGUAUGUAAGCUAAUCCAAAGUAAUUCUGACGUCACAUACGACAAUGCAAUAAUCACAUUGGCGUGUAAGACAUUAUAAUGUAGAACUGACGUCACAUAAGACAUUGCAUUAAAAACAGAGUAUGUUAGACACAGUGAAUGUUUGAAAUAAUUCAAAUUGUACCCCAAGUUUCUUGAGGCAUCAGUGCUAGGCAUAGUCAUUUUUGAAUAUGGUUUUCCUCUAAAUGUAUGGCUCUGUUGUUAAAUAUGUCUAAUACAUUUUAUAAAGCAAUGAAAAACGAGAUCAUAAUUUUAUAAAUGUAUGUUUUCAUAAAACACUUACAGUCGAACACACUUGUUUCGAUCUCGGUUAACUCGCCAACCCUAUUAUGUCGACGCUUUUGAAGUGUAACCGCCAAAUUAUCUCUUUGUCUCAGAAUUUUUUCCUCGGUUGUGUCGCCAAACUCUGAUAACUCGAGCACAAGAGGUAGCCAAAUUUUUCCACUUAACCUCUGUUAUUUCGAUCCCCAUGACAAAUCGCCGGCUUUUGAAAAAUAUAUACAACAGGAACGUGACUACUUGAAACUGUAGUGAUUGAAAUGAAUGACAAUAUCGAUGCCCGCGUAAUUAACUUGACACAACAAGAAACAAGAGGCUUGCAAACAAAAAAAGGGAGGUUGCAGUACCUGUUCUAUUUAUAGCAAGCCCGCUUGUCGAUGAUUGGACGAUGAUUGGACUUUCACGCGUUCUUACUGGUUGAUUUGUUCUUCGAACCCAGAAGCCGUAUAUGAAUAAACUGAACUGGCGAAUCCGGAGCGAGAGAAAAUAAAAACUCGAGAAUCUGGAAUUCCGGUAUAAUCCGGAAAAUUGGCACCAUGCCUUAUGUUGUUAGCAUGCCGAUCGCACAAAUCGUGGUAACGCUGUUGGGUAAAAAAAAAAAACAACAACAACUCCAAAGACACGUGCAUGUGCGUUCUAUUUUUCAACACACAAUAUGAGAAAUAAGCACCGGGGCACCACAAGGCUGAGUUCCCUCCCGUGUACUGUAUACAAUAUAUACCAAUGAUAUUCAAAGCUCAAGCGACACCGUUUCAAUCUUAAAAUUUGCUGAUGAUACCACGAUUGUUGGCUUAAUAUCUGAAGGGGAAGGCUUAUACCGUAACUUAGUUACAAGCUUUAUCAAUUGGUGCGAUGAAAAUUUUCUCCAGCUCCAUGUCUCAAAAACAAAGGAAAUGGUUGUUGAUUUCAGGAGAGGGACACACCAGAUUACAGAUCUCAACACAAAAAAUCAAAGUGUAGAGAAAAUGGAGGCAUACAAGUAGUGAGGUGUAACCAUUAACAAUCAGCUAACAUGGCAUGAGCACGUUCAAAUGCUGUAUGAGAAAUUCAACAAAAGACUGUUCUACCUCAAAAUACUGUAUAAUUUCGGUGUAAACAAGCAAGUCGUUAACUUAUUCUACAGUGCAACUAUUGGAAGCCUACUUAAUUUCAGUAUUACCUGCUGGUGUGGGAAUUUAACGUCGGAUAUUAAACACCGCAUAAACCGACUAAUCAAGAAAGCUAGGAACAUAACACAAACUAAACAUCCUUCCCUUGAAGAACUAUUUGAAGAAAGAUGUUUUUUUGUAAAACUAAACACAUUUUGGAUGAUACUUCCCACCCUCUUAAUCACAGAUAUUAGGAUCGGCCCGUUCGGGACGAAUUCUGUCCAUCAGGGUGAGGACUGAAAGAUACAAAAAUUAUUUUAUUCCCCAAUCUGAUCGAAUUUACCAGCGUGGUCCUCUGAAGUCAUACAUCUUAAUUAGAACUAAUAAAUACCCGAUUUGGCUAAGAGAAAUCACUGAAUGACUGUUUUAACUAAUUUAUUAUAAAUGUCUUUUCAAAUUAGUGUAUUUAUAAUGCAAUCAUAAAACAUUUCCAUUUAGUUUGGAUCAAUAAAAGAAACUUAUCUUAUCUUAUGUACAUAAAGAAAUUUCAAGAAACUGUUAAUAUUUUGCGAACCUUAUUAAUUUUCGGUUAUCUCGAUCAUCGGCUAUCUCGACGCUUUUUGGCAAACACUGAGGCCGGUGACAUAACCUGGUUCUACUAUAUUUGUAUUUAAAGAAACGCAUUAAAAUUUUUGGUUAUUUUUUAAAUGCAUGUAUACAUUUUGGUCUACAUGAUCUUUCUUUAUCGACUCAGAUAGGUCGAUUACUAAUAACUAAAAAAAUAUCAUCCGAUGUUAUCGAGAUAAGAAUGGCAGGCACUUUGUGAUUAAUUCCACUUGCUCAACACAAUUCCGUAAUUAUAAAAGAAGUAUCUAUGUAAUGAUGUCUACGUUUCUAACAUAAUAAAACGUUUUUUAAAAGUAUUGUACUGUUAUCUAUUGAAGUCUAAGCCUAACCCCAACCCCCUUUUCGCGUCCUGAAACUAAACAUUGAUUUUCUAAAAAAAUUACCUAAAAUUACUAAAUAAUAAUAAUAAUAAUAAUAAGUGGUCUUAUAUAGCGCGGUACCCCAGCCUAGGGCUGGGCUCACCGCGCUGUACAUAAAUAUAGCAAAGAGGCAUAAUCAUGAUAUUAAAAUAAAAUACAUAAAUCAAAAUUAUCACUACUUAAAUCAUUAGUUUCCCUAAAGGAGGUCGUGGAUUGUUGAUUUCUAUGCUACAGAAAUACUUAAGAUGCCUUGUGUUUUUACAUUGUCAAAUGAUGUGCCUCCCUACCACUUUUUUAUGGUGCCACUGGGCUAAAUAAAAUCUUCUCUAAAAAAUUGCGAGGACGUCAUCUUAAAUUUACAACAACAAAAAUCAACAUACCACUUCAAAUGUAUUUUAUAUUAACGGAACUCGAUAUACUGAUACCUAAUUUAAAAAUGUAACCAAAAUUUUGCCGUUUUUCCUACUACAUUAUUGGAAAAUCGGACAACAACAAAAAUUAUUUGAUCUAAAGAAGAAAAUCUUAAACGCUCUUCAAGUUUGUUACAGCUUUGGCUGACUUUUUUUUUUUUACUGAAAUGUUGUUAAUCUCAUAACACUAUAAUCUAAGACUAUUUGACUUUUCAUAAAAUAAAAAAAAAGGUGGGUAAAAAUUUUUUUUUAAAAAUACUUUUUUUUUUUUUUUUAAAUUUAAUUUUUUUUUUUAAAAAAAAUGAUUGAGUUUUGAUAUGUUUUGCCGAUACUUUUGAACAUGUACCCAUGUUUCGUUAACCUCAUUGAUUUUCUUAAUUGGUCAAACAUGUUGAUUUGUAAAAAUAGGAUACAACAUCUAUUUUUGCACAACUGAAAAAUCAUUGGAUAUACAGAUAUUAUCAUCCACUUAAAAAUGUACUCAUCCUAUUUCCUACCCAGGAUAUAGGUUCGUACCUGAGAAAGGUUAAUUAUUUAUAAAAAUUAAUGUAUUUAUUCUGAAGAGUAUCUUGUGCUGGCCAAAGAAAAAUGAAGGUAUUGUAUCCCUACCCCCAUUCUCCCAGAUUUUAAUAACAAAUUAACAAGAGCAUCCACGGGAUUCUAUCCUAUGUUAAACACACUUUUUUGCACUUUAUGUGGUUUGCUACUAUUUGGAUGAAUGAUAACAGCAUUAAGGAAUGCUUUUUGGCUAUGGGAUUUCGCCUCAACGAUUGACGUAAACAAGAUUUUCUUAUUAAAAGUAUAUGUCAAGGUUAUGUUUUCAUUACUUUAUCAAUUAAAUUAAAGUAUUUUUUUUUGGACGUAAAAACUUAUAAAAUGUUUAAAAUACAAAGCUAAAUUUUUUAUUGUUUUUAUUAACAUUUUAAAAGCAAUCAAUUAUAUUUAUAUUUUUAUUAACUUUAUUUUUAAGAAGGGGAAAAUACAUUAUCAGUUUUGUAACGCGCGGUUAUUAAAUAAAAAAAACAAAAAAACUUAGAGCUAUGUUUAAAAUAGGCAUUUAGCGCUAUGACGUCAUUUGCGUGUUGUUGUUUUUUACCAAAUUAAUUUUAAUUUUAUUUCGCAAGAUUAACAAAUCAUUAAAAAAAAACACUGAAACAACAUAUAAAUAUGUCGGGGUUUUCCCGAUUAAUGUGACUACGGGUGUCUUAAUCCCAUAUUAUCUUGUUUAGUGUUUGUCAUGAUGGCCUCCUCACAUCUUGUCUUAUGGUCGUAUUCAAAGCAUACAAAUAGCCAUCAAUCAAUUUUAAAUUUUAAAAGUCAAUGAUUACCUUGCUUUUGAAAUGAGGGGGUUAAUUGUGUAAACAAAAAUAUUUUGGAGUAAUAGCUAAAAACCUUAUCGCCUUGUGACAUAGAUGUUCGAUGAUUGUCUAAUUAGCCAGUAGAUCAUCAAUGAUUGUCUAAUAAGCCAAUGAGGGUCUAAUUACUCAAUAACUGAUGUCCUCAGAUGCCACAUCCUACAGUAUUGACCUAACUGGGUUUGUCCAAGAAGCUGUCUUUAUGAAAGACUUUCAACAUGACAAUGUCCUUGGUUUGGUUGGACUUGCUGAGAAAGAGCCAGGAAUACCUUACGUCAUAUUGCCUUUCAUGGAGAAGGGUGACCUACUGACCUAUGUGCGCGAUCCUGAUGUGGUAAGUAGAUUAAACAUAAGUCACGUAUAUUUUCAGCUAUGGCAUGGGUGUCAAACAUAAUCACGUGUAAGGUUGCGGGCCGAACAGGAUAAACAUGCAAUACGCUGAAAUUAUUUUUUUAACAUGUAUUUAAAUGAGAACAUAAAUAAAAAUUUUAAUAAUUAAAAAUCGUUUGCAUUCCCAUUUUCGUUCUUAUGCCAAGUUGUCAGAGCUGAAUGUUGGGCACAAAAACAAGUAAGCUCGUUUAUUUUGGGAGUAACUCUGUGUCAUUGAGAUUGCAAGUCUGAGUGUUCAUCUGUGUGACUACUCACUUAAAACAUGUAUGUGCUACCCAACAUGCUCAAGUUUCGAGCCGCAUGUAGACGAAGCCGGGGCAUCUCUUCAGGAAUGAAACGAGUGAACUGUGCAGGCCCAACUGUGUCGCACGCAGCUCUGUUAGCUCCAUUAGAAAAUUUGCAGAUGCAGUUUCCAUUUCUAUGACUAAUGGGUUACGAAAAAUUCAAAAAUAAAUUUUUUGAGCUUUAAAGUCGUCGAAGCGCCGUGUGAACUCUGCGCGAAGUAAGCUAGGUUUUUUCAGCAAAGUGUCCGUUGGGAAACACCAUAGCGUUGACUUUGAUAUAAGUGUUCGCCGAUCAAGACCUCCCGGGCCUAAUAUAAUUGUACGGGGGGGGGGGGGCCGGAUUGGGCCAGGGGGCCUUGAUUUUUUAUUAUAUAUUAAUAAGACACGAACAAAUUGUGUCAAUAGAACAAUAUGAGUUAGCUUUAAUAAUAAUUGUACAUUAUACAGAAUUAAACGUUUCGGCACAUGCCUUCAUCAGUACAAACAAACACAACACAUUUAAAUAAGUAUAAAUUAAAUUUACAUAAUGUCAAUAUAUAUAUCCUACCUAAAACAGAAAAAAUUUAGGAGAGGGCGCUUAAACCUGACAAAAACAAAGUAAAGAGAUGUAGAUAACAUCUUAGUUUAUAACAUCUUAGAGCAUGGCCUUUGAUUAUAUCAUGUGUAUAAUCUCAUGUUUUGUUUAAAUCAUGUCAUGACAUUUGUUUACAUCAUUUCAGAUCAUGACUUUUGUUCAUAUCAUAUCAUGACUUUUGUUUACAUCAUAUCAUGAUUUUUGUGUAUAUCAUCUCAUAGCUUUUGUUUACAUCAUAUCAUGAUUUUUGUGUAUAUCAUCUCAUAGCUUUUGUUUACAUCAUAUCAGAUCAUGCCUUUUUUUUAUUAUAUCAUGACUUUUGUUUAUAUUAUCUCAGAUCAUGACUUUUGGUUUUAUAUUAUAUUAUUACUCUUAUUUAUAAUACUUUUUUUUUAAUGUAUCAUGAAUUUUCUUUAUAUCAUGAAUUUUGUAACAAUGACUUAAGUAAUAUCAACAGGUGCUCACUCAUUCAAUAAAUGACUUAGUGUUAUUAACAUUUGGGAGAAAUUUCAAAUUUAUCUGCCUUUCUUUUAUACACAUUAAAACUUAAUUGCUCAAAAAGCUACUAAAAUACUUCCUAAGCCAAUGGGUUUUAAUUCAAUAUAUACAUUGGGUCUUUAGUAAGUCAAUGAAAUGAUUACUCUAAAAGAAAUUAUUGGACUCUACUGGGCAGAGUGUGACAUAAGGAAUUUUAUUUAUAAAUUUCAUUUAUGUGAAGCGACCCAUCGAUUACAAAAAAGCGAAUUCAGUCUGAUGAGUUAUAUAAGAAUUAAACCAAGACAGAUAUGAACAUGCAUAGGAGCCAAAAUGGUCAAUAAAUUGAUCGUGGGCCCUUAAGAUAUAGAAGAAGAAGAAGAACUCUUCAAAUAACGUUGGUUUAUCGCUUCACAAAAUCCAGCUGCACUAUCUCAGGGUACAAGAGGUGCAUAAAAUAAUACGUGAGAGGCUCAACUAAGUGUAUAUUGCUUGUUGCAACUAUGUUUCAAGUCCUAGUGGUUGCCUUGAGUUGGACUGGGAUUUGAAAGAAAAAAAAAUGACUUUAAAGGCUUUGAACUCUAAGACGUUGUCAGACGUUAAAGUGGUUACAAGCACGUUAUAACAUUAAUGUUGAGCUCAUUACUUCUAACGUUCAUUUCAAAAAAUCAAAAUAAUGCGUUCAAAAAGAAGUUUGACGAAAAUUUGACAGAGGAUUCUUUUUUUUUAAAUGCUUGCUAUACACAAAGCAACAUCAAACUACGCGAUGCUUCCGUCCUCCAUCUCCUAACAAUUUAUGACUAGCUUCGAGAUUAUUUUCAUGGAUGCUAAACGUUUUUCAGACGCUAACUCUUUAUGAAGUCAUCAAGUUUGGAGCUGAUAUCGCCAAAGGCAUGGAUUACCUGAGUUCGCUGAAGUUUGUUCACAGAGACUUGGCAGCCAGGAAUUGUAUGUGAGUCGCUACUUUGUCUUCAGUUUAACUGACACGGUCAAAGAAUAGCUGCCUUUGUAACUGGAUUAAAACUGUUUUGUUAAGCUAUUCUAAAACAGUUGGGGGACUCCAUAAUCGUGAUUAAGAUUAAUGUUUUUUUUAGAUUAAAAUAUUUAUAUCAUAAAUUAUAAACACUGUAUGGAAUCAAGUCAUGUAUAACGGAAGUAACGCUAAGAUGAUACAAGUUCAAACACAGCAUAGGCGUAUAUCCAUCUGGUGAUUAUGUUAAUUCCUGUUUUUAUGGCACAGUAUCGUAAAGAUCUGCCAUGAGGGUAUUUAUUUUUUAAAGAUGUUAAUUCGGUCCACUAAGUGGCAACUUAACCUACUUCAAGAGAAACAAAAUAGAGUUUGAAAACAUAAAAGUUGCCAGAACAAGCUCAAAAUAGUUGUAACAAAUUGUUGCCGUUCCGGUGUUUCCCUUUGAGUAGAUAAUGCCUUGCUUUAGCACUAUGCGUUUUUUUUUAAUGAUUCUUUUCAUUUAUAAAGGUUGGACGGCAGUCUCUGUGUUAAGGUCGCUGACUUCGGUCUGUGCCGUGAUAUCUAUGAGAAGGGCUACUACACAAGUGACAACAAGAAGAAACUACCCAUUCGGUGGAUGGCGUUAGAGAGUAUUGAAAAUGGAGCCUACAGCACCAAGUCAGAUGUGGUAAGUUCAGUUAAAAACAUCAUAUAUGCUUAUUUUUUAUUUACCGUCAUAAUGACGAAAUUGUGUAUGAUAUUAAGUGAUUAUUUUUCCUUGGUUGCCAUGCCAUGUGUUUCGUGUCAUUAGUCCCUGUUUGUUUGUGAUUUCAUUAUUCUCAUUUUUUGUUUUCAUUUCAGUGGUCCCUGGGUGUCGUGCUGUGGGAGCUGUUGACACGUGGUCUCACUCCUUACCCUGGAGUCGACGGCUGGGACGUAGUGAACUUCUUACGUCGUCGGCGUCUACCACCGCCAUUUUUCUGUCCAGAAUCUCUGUAAGAACUGACUUCGUUGAAAUAAAUUUAGUUAUAUUAAAAGAUGUGAAAUAAUGUUUUCUUUUCUAGAGAACUUCGCCCUUUUUUGUUAAAAUAUUUUAAAAAUGAAAUUUGACCAAAUGCAAAGAAAUUGAACAUUAUGAUGUCAAAAUGUCCUCUCCCUCAGAUACAAUCUCAUGAUGGUGUGCUGGGCCAAAGACCCCAUCAAGAGACCCACUUUCAACACUAUUCAAAAGGAGCUAUUGCAGCUCAUUGGACAAGGUCCAGACCAAUCCCCAAGCUUGACGUCAAAAUUUGAAGCAGUGGCCAAUGUGUACGUAGACAUACCGUCAGACGGCAACAAAAUGCCUGACGAGUACAAAAUGAGAUCCGAAUCUCUAGAGACAAUAGACGAAAUGAGGGAAUCGAUGUCCAUGGCAGGUGCUCUAAGAAAAGAGUCGACACACAGGGACGAAAUGUGGAGUGGAAUACAAAGGGAGCUCAGUGAGAAAUUGCAAAACGCAAAACUUAAAAAAACAAAGAAGUCAAAAUCGUCUCCUCUUGAUGACUCGGCUGCAGCUCAAAGAGAACAUAAAAAGUGUGGGGCUAAGACGGAGAAACAGCCCGAAGACAUGUCGUCAUGCCCCGAUCACGUCUCAUCGGAUCGAGGUUUUAAGGUUGUCAAGAACAUCACCAUUACAAUCCCAGAAAGCUAUUCCGACAGAGACGUCAGCAAGUCAGCCAUGGGCGCGUACAUCAAGCUGGUGGGGAACUACGAGCCGCCCCGGAAGUUCUCGAGCCCGUUCCGUAGGCUGACGAAGGGGCAUCACAGCCGGGCGUCGGAGAAGAUGAAACAAGACGUCAGACAACGACAGUCGGGUCCAUCGAGUACCGCGAACUCACAGGACACGGCAGCGCCCGUUGUGUCACGUGACAAACCAGACGAUCCCGUAGUGAUGCUGGCUGUCAGCAGCGGGGACGCGUAUUUCGAACUCGAGCCCGAUUCUCAUAGGUUGAGUUCAGCAUCGGACGAUGCCAGUGUGUCAGUUCGGUCAACUUACACGAUGCGGACAACUGGAUCGAUGGGAUCAAUGUUGGACACCACCUAUCCGGGGUCUUCGUUCAUGAACGCCACUGGCGUCAGCAGCGGCGGCGACUCCUACCUUUCUCUGGCGCACCCCAAUGGGCAGCAGUCACGUUCCUUGAGCCACAAUAACAUGUCCAUCAUCGAAAUAUAACUAUUGUGUUUUUUUGCCUCUGACCGCGAACGUGAUACACAGGGGCGUUAUUUUGGGUAGGGCGGGGGUGGGGCAUUGCUCCCCCCCCCCCCCCCAAUUUGCUGGUUUUUUUUUUUUUUUUUUUUUUUAUUGAGCCACAAUCACAUGUCCAUCAUCGAAAUAUAACUAGUGUGUUUUUUUGCCUCUGGCCGCGAACGUGAUACACAGGGGCGUUAUUUUGGGUAGGGCGGGGGUGGGGCAUUGCUCCCCCCCCCCCACCCAAUUUGCAGGUUUUAUUUUUUUAUUUCCCUUUACGUUGCGCCAACAGCAAUCAACAACUUAACAAGCCAACCAAGCUUUCGUUUUAGCCCCCAACCUGAAAAAACUGAAAUGAUGUCCCUGGGGAUACAAUGUAAAAAAAAAAAAAAAAUCUUCCGAGAAUGUUCGAGAUAAGAAUUAAUGUACUCUCAGAUGACUGGGUUAAGAUAUUCAUUGUAAAUAAUUUCUUAAUUUAAUUUACUAGCAGAUGACGAAAGGAAUCAAAUAUGAACACAUAUUGAAAUAUUAUGCUAAAAUAUUUUUGUCGUAUGCUUGCAUAUAUGUUUUUUUUUAUUAAUGUUUGUUUAUUAAUUAUAAAAAUAUGUAUGAGUUAUUCAUACAUCUUUUCAGCCAUUUUCAAAUUUUUACAACAACUUGUGCCAUGCUUCAAUUAAGUUUCCCAGCGCUGCAACAAACUAUGCAUGCCUUAGAAAAUAUCGUGCGUUCAAUAAAAAUAAACAGUUUAAACCCGU